GGUUUCUCAGAGCUCUGCACUACCAAUUCGUAUAGCUAACUGAAAGGUUCUACCACUACGGUUAAAAUAGCACAAGUAUUUUCUAAAAUGGAAAGUCAUAUUAUUGAAUUUAAUGCUGACGAACUUCAGCCGCCAUCCUGGUUAAAUGCCCGGUUCAUCGGUGGAAUUUUGAGUGCCUACGAGAAAAUAGAUCUGAAUGUAACCGAUCUGCAGAUCUCACCUGCAACUGCCCAAGGAGAUCACUAUGCCAGCGUUAUGUUCCGCACCAAAGUGGAGUAUACCACCGCGAAGGGAAAGUUCUCCAAGCCGCUGAUCAUCAAAACAAUGCCGGAGCAGGAAGGUCACAAAAAGGACAUGCUGGCCGAAUCGCAUCUGUUCGAAACCGAGAUCGGAAUGUACUGCCAUGCUCUUCCGGAGUUCGAAAGAAUUCUCCGGGAGGCUGGGACCAUCCAAGCUGUUCGUGCCUGCAUUUAUCAUAGCCUGAAGCCGCGCCAAGUGAUGAUCUUUGAGGAUCUGGUGCCACAAGGAUACACCGUCAUCCGGAAUAGUCCUCCCUCAGUGGGGGACUUAAAAUUAGCAUUCAACAAGCUGGCCAAAUGGCACGCAGUCAGCAUGAAAGUCAUUAAUGAGCAACCUACUUUUCUGAAGGAGUUCAAAUAUGGCCUUUUUGAAAUGCCCACCAUUAAUUCGGAUCCGUUUAUAACCACAGGCAUGGGAAACUUUAUCAAAAUGCUGGACAAAUUCCCAGAGCUAAAGAAGUAUAAGCCCCAUUUCGAAAAGAUAAAAGAUAACUAUUUGGACCGACUGCAAGGAAUGCAUGAGUUUCACAAAUAUCGGCGGAAUGAUCGAUACUAUGUCCUGUGCCACGGUGACUUUCAUCUCCGGAACAUGAUGUUUAGGCACAACAAGAAGUUAGGAGCCUACGAUGACGUUAUGCUGGUGGAUUUCCAGUUCUGUAAUCUUGUCCCCAUUACAGUUGAUUUAACAUACUCCGUAUAUAUGUUAAUGGAGUCGGAACAGCGUUGGGAUGGGAAAGACUUGAUCAACGACUAUUUCUCGGUUUUGCUAGACACUCAGAAAAUUGGAUUCAAGGGGGAUAUGCCCACCCAAACUGGAUUGUGGGAUCAAAUACACAACAACAAAUACUUUGAUUUAUUUAUGAUCAGCACAUUGCUUCCAGUGAUGUUGGCCAUUAAAUCAAACACUCUUAAAAUGCAUGACGCCAUCCAAGAUCCAGAGGCUCGGCAGAAGUCUUACUAUCAUGACGCUUAUGUAAAAGAUGUCUCCAAGCUCUUGCCCAAAUUUGAAAAAUUGGGAUACUUUAAUGAUCUAUAAUUUAAUAAAGCAGUUAAAUGUUAUAUAAC